AUGGACGAUAGCAGAUCAGAAAAACAUACACAUAAAAUGGUAUACUUAUAUAAUAUAUAUUAGAAUAUCGACCAUAUAAAAGAUGAAAAUAUAUUCUGUUUAAUUUGUGAAGAAUAAGAUUAUACAGAGUAAAACUAAAUAAUAUUUUGUGAUGGAUGUGAUGUUACUGUUCAUUAAGAGUGUUAUCAUGUUGUAAAUUUAGGAGCAAAAUGGUAUUGCCAGAAAUGUUUGGCAUUAAAUGAUGACAGAGAUUAAUAAAUCAAUUGUUAAUUUUGUCCAGAAUAAUACUAAAUACUUGAAUUAGUUCAAAUAAAUGGAUAACAAUAAUGGGUAUUAAAUAUAAUUUAAAUAAAUUAAGGCUCAUUCAAGUUGUUUGAAAUGGAACCCAUUUUUAGUUUAAAAUCCUUAAAGUUAUAAUUUAUACACUUGUGAGAUAGAUCUUCAAACAGGUUACAAGUGUCGUUAUUGUUAAAAGAUUGAUGGUUUUCAAUUAGAAUGUCAAUAUAAGGGAUGUUAGGAAGCAUUUCAUAUAGGAUGUUUGAAGGUGAAUGGAGGGAUUAUGAAUAAGGAGGCAAUGGAAUGUAUACACAUAUACAUGAAACCGUAUUUAAAAAUUCAGGAUGAGAAGCUGUUAUUUUGUGUAGAGCAUGUAGAAGAAUUAUUGUGUAAAUUGGAUGAGAAUUAGAAAAGCAUAAUUGAAGAGAGUAAUAUAGAGAUUGAUUCAUUUUAGAGUAUUUAAAAAUGAGAAGUGAAAGAUUGCAUUCUUAUUAUGUCUACAAUAGGAACAAUAAAUAAGCGAUUGAUAUUAAGAAUGAGACUAAAACAACUAGAAAAUAAAAAAAUUAUGAAGAUAUGCUAUUUGAUGAGGUAGUUCAAUUGAAAUAGUUGAAAUAAGCAAAAAUACCAAUAAAGGAUAAAAAGGUUAAAAUGUAAUUUAAGGAGUAUAUGACAAGGAAACUAAAUGAUUAAUUACAUAAAUUAAGAGAUGAUUUUAUGAGAAAAAAUCAUAAUGAUCUUAAUGCAGAUGAGGAUACUUAUAUUUAAAUAGACACUUAAUUAAGUAAGAAAUUAUUUGAUAAAUUGGUUGAUAUUAAUAAUUUAGAAGAAUUUGAUAAGUAUUUAGUGAGUUAUUUCAUUUUUAAUAAUAUGAUUCGAAAACCAAAUAAUCCAGAAAUUUAUAUUAGAGAUGUAAUUAUAUUUAUUAAUGAAUAGGAUAAUAGUAAUUAUUAAUAUUGGAAAAAGAUGUUGGAUGAAUUGGGUAUUAAAAAUGGAGAAUAAUUUUCAAGGUUUUUGAAUGUGCUUAGAUUAAAGAAGAUGAAUAUUGUGAGUAGGAAUAAUGAGAAAUUACAAUAUGAAUAGGAUUUACAAUAACAAUUCGAGAUCUAAAAUAAUGAGUUGAUUGAAUGA